CUGCGUGCGGCGGUGCGUCUGGCAGCAGGAGAAGAUGGCGGUCUCCACAGGAGUUAAAGUUCCUCGUAAUUUUCGCUUGUUGGAAGAACUUGAAGAAGGACAAAAAGGAGUGGGUGAUGGUACGGUUAGCUGGGGCCUUGAAGAUGAUGAAGACAUGACACUCACAAGGUGGACAGGCAUGAUUAUUGGGCCACCAAGGACAAACUAUGAAAACAGAAUAUAUAGCCUGAAAGUAGAAUGUGGAUCUAAAUACCCAGAAGCACCUCCAUCAGUUAGAUUUGUAACAAAAAUUAAUAUGAAUGGAAUCAAUAAUUCCAGUGGAAUGGUGGAUGCACGGAGCAUACCAGUAUUAGCAAAAUGGCAAAAUUCCUAUAGCAUUAAAGUUGUACUUCAAGAGCUAAGACGUCUUAUGAUGUCCAAAGAAAAUAUGAAGCUUCCACAGCCACCAGAAGGACAGACAUACAACAACUAAUUUUAGUGGAUCUCAAACUUGUCUUAAAUCAACAACCUUCUACUCAUGUUAAUGUCUUGAUUAAAUAUCACCAUGCAAAAUACCCACACAUUAAGUAAAAGAAUUACAGCUGGUAAACAUGACCUGGACAGUUGUAAGAAUAUAUUUAAUAUAGGUACACCUAUUAUGUUUUCAGGUAACAAGAGAAGUGCAGCACAAUUUUUCUUUAUCUUCUUAAAGCACUGCCAUUUAAACAUGAACCUGAAGUGCUCAAAAUGGAAUUCAGGUUUUCAAGACAGAAGCAUGGCAAAAGAGUGCUCAGAUGGCCAUGGAAACCUUUGUUUUUCUGAAAAGUAAAGUCUCAAGAAGGAAGAAAAGGAAUGGCAUGCUUUAUCCAUCAUAUUUAAAGCUGCAGUUGGAAUUGUUUAAAGUAGCAGAUAUAAUGAAUGGUCACCAAUUGUGUUAAUCCUUGAAGCGGUGUGGGUGCUCACUACUAUUCAUAUCAAAAACAGGUUCAGGAUUGUUUGGAUACCUGUAUUUAUAAUAAAAAGAUGUUUGGGAUUUUGAAUUUCUGUUAAAAGCUGUACCCGUUUAUUACAUGUAACAGACAUGGUAAUUUGUUUACAGUCUUUGUUUAAUAAAACAUGCUUAGAAGUUUUAAGUGAAGUCAACAAAAAGGAAAUAGGUGUAUGGAUAUGUGAUUUUUGAGAUGAAAGUUAGUCUCAAAAUGUAAAUAAAAUAUGGAAUAUGUCUUCA